CGUGUACCAAAAUAGUGAUUCUUGCCACUCCUACAAAUGGCGGCCAGUGCUCAGAAUGAAGCAGAGAAAAGGCUCCUUUACUUGUGCAGCAAAGAAAAUAAAGAGGUGGCUAAUGUAUUGACUGAUGUGAGAGAGAUACUGGAUGAUCCUUCAGUUAGAGUGGAUGCCACAGAUAAGGAUGGUAUGACUGGUCUGAUGCAUGCUGCUUUUGGUGGCAAUGUCGAAUUAUGUAAAUUAUUAAUAGAGAAAGGAGCUGAUGUUAAUAGCAACCUACACUCACAAGGAUACACUGCUCUCAUGUUCGCUACAAUAUCAGGUAGUGCCCCAGUAGUUCAGUUACUGCUAGAGAAAGGAGCUAGUGUCACUGCUACUAACAAUGUCAAUAGAACUGCUGCUCAGAUGGGAGGAUUCGUAGGUUAA